ACGAACUUCCCAAUUUCUCAACCACCACCAGCCUUCCCGCGACUCCCGAGUUCUUAGUGAAAUCAGUUCGCCGCCCUAAUCCCUAUGGCACCCAUCGCCGCCGGUGACUCCUUGCCUGACGGAACCCUCGCUCACUUCGACGAGAACGAUCAGCUCCAGCAGGUGUCCAUCCACUCCCUCGCCAAAGGCAAGAAGGUCGUCAUCGUCGGCGUUCCCGGUGCUUUCACCCCCACUUGCAGCUUGAAGCAUGUUCCUGGGUUCAUCGAGAGAGCAGAGGAUCUCAGAGCCAAAGGCGUCGCUGAGAUCAUCACUAUUAGCGUGAAUGACCCAUUUGUGAUGAAAGCUUGCGCCAAAUUUGUGGUUUGUUGAUCGAUUUCGAAGUCCUCUUUCGAAUUUUUAUCUCACUGGAUAAUCUUCCUACUAAUUUGGGAGAUUCUGCAGUCCAGUUCAAUUAGCAAUUUCCCUGUUUUUCGCCCAAAUUUGUUUGAUAAACUAGAUGGGAACCGCAAGAUAGAAACUUUAGAAUCGGCUGGAAUUUAUGAUGCUUGAUUCAAUUCAAAACCAAUGUUGUGUUAGUAGCCUAGUACCCUUAAUUGCCCCCCGAUUCAGUGUAACUGACAUGGUGAAUUGACUAUUGAGUUUUGAAAGCAGUGAAAUUUCUUCAUUUUCUGGAUAUGUAUCGAUGUGUUCUGAUAUGGCUCUUCUGGGUGGGGAUCUUUGGUUGUGCACACAGUGAAUGACCCAUUUGUGAUGAAAGCUUGGGCCAAAACCUACCCGGAGAACAAGCACGUGAAGUUCUUGGCCGAUGGGUCAGCAACUUACACCCACGCGCUGGGUCUCGAGCUCGAUCUCAAGGAGAAGGGUCUCGGAAUCAGGUCGAGGAGGUUCGCUCUGUUGGUGGACGACCUCAAGGUGAAGGCUGCCAACAUUGAAGAAGGUGGCGAAUUCACUGUUUCCAGUGUUGAUGAGAUCAUCAAGGCCCUUGAUUGAUAGCUUGAGAGCUUAGUGCAUCGACUCUUGAUUGAUAGCCUGUUUAGUGUUAGUGAUGGAGAUACUCUUGCCAUGGUGGUGUGCUAUGAUGAUGAACCUUAGGUAAUUCUCAGUCCCCAGUUUCUGUUUAGGGAUGGAGAAGAAUAAAAGGAUUUCGAAGUUUCAGCGGUGUUAUUGCAGUAGUGUCUUGUUUACUUGUUCCGUUAUAUAUUUUGUUGGCUGGCUCCAGUAGUAUAUUGGAUUCAGCCGGCGGCCGGCGAACCCUGGUGGAAUUGUUCGAUUUCUGUUGUUAAGCAACUCGCGACUAGUGAACUACAAAGUCGGU